GAGGAAAGGAGGUUGGACCGACGUACUGAAUGCGUUCUGCGUAAAGAAAGAAAGGAGUGAACGUCACCGCAAAGCGGAAGAGUGUGUGAGCAAUCACAAAGGAGGAAGAUGUGAGAGAAGUAGGGGGAGUGAGAAGGUAGAGAGCCAGGAAGGAAUGAUGAAAGAAAAGAGGUGCGAUAGGAUGCUGAAGUGCUGCACAUGGCUGUAUGAUGGAAGAGAAGGAGAAAGCAAACUUGUGUGCUAAGAAUAUUGGAUGGCUUCAGCAUCAAGAUAAAAAUGCUGAGCCCUGGCUGUGGAAACUCUCAAAUUGUUUUUCAACUGUUGAGCAGGCAUUACCCAGUACAAGAGCAAAACAAAACGCUUACAAGAACGGCAAACCUGCAAUGGAACUCAAGGAUGUUCCAACCCCUUCUGCAAACCCGCUUCAACCCUGCACAAAUUCCUUUGCACUUUCAAAAAUCCAACCUCCCUCUGUAAAGCAAAUCCAGCUUCAAACCGGCCCUAAAGUAAGCUGCUGUGCACUUUGUUCUUAUAGCACACCUGAUGUUCAUUUCGGUGGGAGUGGGUGCAUUCGGCCUAAUCAUAUCUUGGAUAAAACUGCUGCAGGCACAGUUACUUGCCAGAUAGCCCCUGGGCUGCCUUUUCCUUCUGAAAGUCCCUUCAAGAAAGUUGCUGCUACAGGCAGUUACAGCAGCCAUCCCCUCAGCUGUUCAAAUGUGUGUGUGGAAAAGCGCCUGUCUCCCUGCCAGUUUCACACUUCUCACCCAGUUUCCUGUUUCACCAGUGUUCAUUUGAAUCAGCUUCACAAUGAUCUCCAUAAGUUUCACGCUCCUAAUCUUGGCACUUCUGGAUAUUACCCUUGCUCAGACUUCACUAAUGGGGCUACACAACAUUUAAAGGAACAUCUUGCACAGUCUGAAAUCUUAUCACGUUUUUGCACGGGUUCUCUUCAUCUAAACUCUGCACCAUCUGUAUUUCUCAAAAGUUCUUCCUUCUGUCAGGCCUGCUUGGAAAAGCCACCUACCAGUAGCGUAAAUGAUGGAAACAAAAUUUGGCCCAAUAUUCCACCUCCAAGCACCCAGGUUGCUGCACUACCCUUGUGCAAUGGGUGUGGAACACAGGGAAACAUGAAGGAUAAGCUUAUCAUGCGAACUAAGAAUUUCUGUAAAGCAUCACAAAAUUGUGGAGCCCCUGAGAUGUCAUCUGCUGGACAGGUGCAGGAAAAUCUUCCCCCUAUUGGUGUGUUUUGGGACAUUGAAAACUGCUCUGUGCCCAGUGGUCGCUCAGCUGUAACUGUCGUGAAGAGAAUUCGCGAACGUUUUUUCAAAGGUCACAGAGAGGCAGAAUUCAUCUGUGUCUGUGACAUCAGUAAGGAAAACAAGGAAGUAAUUGAGGAACUAAAUAACUGUCAGGUAACAGUUGCCCACAUCAAUGCUACAGCAAAGAACGCUGCAGAUGAUAAACUCCGACAGAGUUUAAGGAGGUUUGCAGAUACCCACACUUCUCCAGCAACUGUGGUUUUGGUUUCCACUGAUGUCAAUUUUGCUCUUGAAUUGAGUGACCUGCGUCACAGGCAUGGCUUCCAUAUAAUACUUGUACAUAAGAAUCAAGCCUCUGAAGCGUUGCUUCACCAUGCUCAUGAACUUAUUCGCUUUGAAGAGUUUAUCUCUAACCUUCCACCCAGGUUACCCCUCAAACCACAGCAGUGCCAUACUCUGUUGUAUGUCUACAACUUGCCAACAAACAAAGAUGCAAAAAGUAUCAACAAUCGCCUUCGCCGCCUUUCUGACAACUGUGGGGGGAAAGUGAUGAGUAUGUCCGGCAGUAGCGCCAUCCUCCGGUUUAUCAAUCAAGAGAGCGCAGAACGGGCACAGAAACGCAUGGAGAACGAAGAUGUGUUUGGUAACCGUAUCACCAUUUCGUUUGUACCUAAAAAUCGUGAUGUAACUGAAGCAAAGACCUCCAUCUGCACUCUUGGUGACAAAUCAAAGUCUCCCAAAAAAGUAAAUAAGAAUACCAAACUGUGCCUCAUUGCUAGAGAUCAGCAAGAAUCCUCCCAAAAUGCCAAAGCCUCUGCCAACAAAACAGCUUACAGCCCUGGGGGCAAAAACUCAAAUGUGAAAAGCUUGCAGGAGCUGUGCCAAAUACAGUCCAAAGCUUCUAGCAAGCUGAAUCCAUACACCGAAGACAAAAAGAAAAAUGGAGAUGGGUUAAACUCCAUAGCAUGCACUUCUGUUUCUAGCCAGGUGUCGGUCACCACAAAAAGUGCUGAAUUAGAAGAUGUGUUUACUAAUGUAAAAAAGUGGGAGGGCUCGAUCAAUGGAAACGUUUCUUUUUCCUUGGAAAGUAGUAAAAAGGAAGAAACUUUUCAAAUUAGUAAUCCAUCUGCUUUCAGUAAGCUUGCUAAUACUAGACAGCUUAGUCCGGUUUGUCAAUCUGGCUGGUCUUCCAGGAGUUUGUCCCCAAAUCUUUCCAAUCCUUCACCUGUGACUUCAAAUGAGACUGAUGCCACAGAUUCAUCUGUUGAUCCAUUUGCAAAUGGUGCUGAUAUACACAUUGGAAAUCUAGAUUAUAGGAGGUCUAGAAAAGAGCUUCUCCAGACUCUGCGUGACAUAUUUUCCAGAUAUGGAAAGAUAAAUCAUCUUGAGCUCAGUCCUCAUACUGAUUAUCAGCUCAAAGCCACAGUUCAGAUGGAAAAUCUUCAGGAAGCGAUCUGUGCUGUCAACAGUCUGCAUAGAUACAAAAUUGGUAGCAAGAGAAUCCAAGUGUCCCUGGCCACAGGAGCAGCCAAUAAAUCGCUCUCUUUACUGAGCUUUGGAGCCAUUUCCAUCCUUCAAGAUGCCCCAGCUUGCUGCUUACCUUUAUUUAAAUUCACUGAGAUCUAUGAGAAAAAGUUUGGAAACAAGCUGAUUGUGUCAGACCUGUACAGAUUAACAGACACUGUUACUAUCCGUGACCAGGGGAGUGGAAGACUGGUCUGUCUGCUACCGAGUUUUCAGGCAAGACAAAGUCCUUUGGGGUCUUCUCAGUCACAUGAUGGCUCGUCCUCCACCUGCAGUCCUGUGGUCUUUGAAGAACUGGAGUACCAUGAACCAGUCUGCAGACAGCAUUGCACCAAUAGAAAAUUCAGCACACAUGACUUUGAUCCGGAUUCAUACGUAAUCCCAUAUGUUAAUCUUUCCUUAAAAACAUUUGCUUCUCAAGUACACAGCCUCUUGCAGACACAUGAGGGCACUGUUCCUCUCUAUAGUUUCCCUGAUUGUUAUGCAGCAGAAUUUAGCUCCUUGCAUGAGGUUGAAGAAGGGCAAGGAGGAGUGCCUCUGGAGCACUUUAUUACCUGUGUUCCUGGUGUUAACAUUGCAACGACACAAAAUGGGGUUAAAGUAGUUAAGUGGAUACAUAACAAGCCUCCACCCCCAAAUUCUGAUCCUUGGAUGUUGCGUUCAAAGAGCCCAGUUGGGAACCCUCAGUUGAUACAGUUCAGUCGAGAAGUGAUUGACUUAUUAAAAAAUCAACCCUCGUGCAUUAUGCCGGUCACCAAGUUUAUACCAACCUAUCAUCAUCAUUUUGCAAAACAAUGUCGUGUUUCUGAUUAUGGCUACACUAAGCUGAUGGAACUGCUUGAGGCUGUGCCACAUGUUCUGCAGAUUCUUGGCAUGGGCUCCAAACGUUUCUUGACUCUGACUCAUAGAGCGCAGGUAAAGCGUUUUACCCAAGAUCUUUUAAAACUUCUAAAGUCCCAAGCCAGCAAACAGGUUAUUGUAAGGGAAUUCUUACAAGCUUACCACUGGUCAUUUUCAAGAGACUGGGAUGUAACAGAAUAUGGAGUGUGUGAACUGGUGGAUAUUGUAUCAGAGAUACCCGAUACCACAAUAUGUGUUGCUCAGCAAGACAAUGAGACUGUAAUCUCCAUUCCUAGAAGGGAACGUACUCCAGAAGAGAUUGAGAGGACAAAGCAGUUUGCAAAGGAAGUAGUUGACCUUUUACGUCACCAACCUCAUUUCAGGAUGCCAUUCAAUAAGUUUAUUCCGUCCUAUCACCACCACUUUGGUCGCCAGUGCAAACUGACUUAUUAUGGUUUCACAAAACUGCUUGACCUUUUUGAAGCCAUACCGGAUGUCUUACAAGUUUUAGAGUGUGGGGAGGAAAAGAUUUUAACCCUGACUGAAAUGGAGCGUAUUAAGGCUUUGGCCUCCCAACUUGUCAAACUGCUGCGUUCUCAAAAAGAUACCUCCUUAAUGAUUCCCGACUUGCUUACAGAAUAUAGCAAGACAUUUGGCUACAGCCUGAGACUUCACGACUAUGAUGUCAGCUCUGUACUGGCUUUGAUGCAAAAAUUGUGCCAUGUUGUUAAGGUUACAGACACUGUCUGUGGUAAGCAAAUCCAGUUGAUUAAUAGGAAAUCUCUACGCUCUUUAACUGCACAGCUCCUUAUUUUGCUCAUGUCAUGGGAUGAGCCAUCACCGCUCACUGUUGACCAGCUUUGCCAUGUAUAUGAAAGUGUCCAUGGAAUUACCCUCAAUCCAUGUGAAUAUGGCUUUGUGUCCUUGACUGACCUCUUAAAAAGCCUUCCUUAUUUGGUUGAGGUGUAUACUAAUGAUAUGAAUGCAGAAUGCAUACAGUUGACGGCACUUUAUAUGUUUGCAAAGAAUGUCCGUUCAUUGUUGCAUACUUAUCACUAUCAGCAGAUCUUCCUGCAUGAGUUUACUACCGCAUACAGCAAAUAUGUCGGGGAAGUACUUGAGCCCAAGCAGUAUGGUUUUAACAGCUUGGAGGAGAUGUUGGGGGCGAUUGCACAGGUGGUCUGGAUAAAGGGACAUGGCAAUAAAAGAAUUGUUGUACUGAAGAAUGACAUGAAGAUUUCUCACCAGAUGGACAGGGAACUCCUGUGCCUCACAUCACCUGUUGAUCUCUUAGGUGGUCCUGUUCCUUCUUCCCUUCCAUCUCCUCAGUUGCAUCCUGAUCCAGUUCUCCAGGAGCCUGGUGACCUGAUACAGUUUGAGGAACAACUGUCUGGCCUGAAUAUUAAUGAAUCCCAGAGCAAGCCACCUUCUGACAGUUUAUUACCCAUUAACUAUACAAAGUCCAAUGGUAAACACAAGAAUGCUGAGCAGCCAGCUCUAGAUUAUGAGCAACCAGAAUCCAAGCUUUUAAAGGAAUUGCAAGAAAGUCCAGUAAAGAAGCAGAGCCGAAGCAGGGUGAAAUUGGCAGCCAACUUCUCCUUCGCACCUGUUACUAAACUGUAACAAUAUGUCUGCAGUACUUCACUUUGACACAUGAGUUCUUGUAUAUUCUUCUGCAUAACCUUUCCAAGCUGUAGACUAUUACAUUUGGUCCUAUACCUUUCUAUUUAAUAUGCUACUUCAAAAGCUUUUAUUUUUUAAAUCGGGUAUUAUAAUGAUCUUGCUCUACAGGUUUUGGAAAAAGUAACCUGUGAAAAAACGAAUUACAUUUUUAUUUCCCCAAAGCCUCAUAAACUUUAUCCUAAAUUGUAGUGCAAUUUUUGUACUGUAGAUUGUUUACAGCCAUCUUCUCAGACACUUGCUCUUCAGGCAUGAACCUUCUUGCCAGGCAUCUAGUUAAUUUUUCUUCCCUCUUUUUUACAUGGUUCCACAUAUUUUAUAAUAUGGAUACAAUUUGAGAUGCUAUAUUUUCCAUUACUCCCAUGCAUGGCACUCAAGGGAAUAGAGUUACUUGGGACAAUGAAUUCAACUUUUUGAUUGUAGAAUUUUAGUAAACAUUAUGUUAUGUACAUGUCUAUAAUAAUCAUAUUUUCCUCUAUCAGGUGACUUGUAUGAACUUUGGAUUCCUUCCCCCCUACCCUAUAUAGAAAGGUUUAGAUUGAGGGUCUGAUUGUCCAGUUCUGUUUGCAGUGGCAAUAAUUUAGGAGUUGGCUUUUGUUUGCAUGUAAAAACAGUCAUGUCCUGCCACAUGAGGCCACUUGCAUGGUUCCUUUGUAAUGCAGUUUAGAAAGUCAAAUGGAUUUUUAGUUACUUUGCAUCAAGAUAAUAGUGACUAACUUGGCAAUGUCUCAGAGCAAGAAUGAAACUUGACGUACGGAAAAGUUUCUCAGUUCCUAUCACUGAUAUGCAUUAACUGCAUAUAUCAUGGAUGAAGGAGUUGUAGAUUAGUUAUCUUUUGCAGAUGUUGCCAUUUCCACUGAAAAUGGAAGGUUUCUCUUUGUUAACCUUGAAUUGGAUUGUUAUUUUUUUAAGAUAUGAUAGAUGAAGGGGCUGUAAUGCUUUUGGUGGGUUGGUAUGUUUUUUGUCUUUUUAACGGUCUGUAGAUGUUUUUAGUCAGAUUGUUCCAUGGGUUUUUGAAACCUUUGUCAGUUUAGAAAGUAUCUAGUGGUUUUUGGAAAAAGGCCACACUUUAAAGAAAUCUGAUGGUAUUGUUUUAUGAAUAGUAUCAGAAGGCCUUAGACUCCUUCUAAGCUAACCUGGCUUUUACAAUGGGUUGUAUCUGCCAGGUGGGUGAUGGUUCCUUGUAGAGCCUUUCGGCAAAGGUUCUAUGCUUAUAUUGGGUUCUUUGCAAUGUACUUGAAAAAGAAGGAAAACUCCAAAUCCAUAGCCAUCUAAAUCAAAAUGCUUUUACAAAAUGGCUAUAAUGUUAUUUUACCUUCUCGUUUUGCACAAGAAUCUUUUAACUGUGGCUAUUCUCAGCAGAAAGUUGUCGUUACUGGAUAGAUGUAUGUUUGUGUGGUUUUUUUUUUUCCUUUCUCUUCUGCACUUCUUAGCUUGAGUCGUUGCCAAAGGCAUUUCCACUAGUCACGUUUGGUGGCGGUUCAAAGUCCAGAUAAGUGUGUUUUUUUUUUUCUGUCUUUUUUUUUUUUUUUUAACUGUUUUUAAAUACUAUAUAGUGUGUAAGCAGCCAGUUUAACCUUAUGCAUAGAUUUUUUUUUUUUUUUUUUAUAUAUAUAUAUUUACAUCAAGUGAACACAAAUUGUAGGGAGAUACCUGUAAUCCUUUAUUUUCAUUCAAGUCACCUGAAACACUCUGGUAUCAUGGUUUAAAAAGCAAAAAAAGUGGGAAGAAAAGUAAUAUCUCAUGCAAUCACAGCUGUUUAUUUUCUAGUGCCUGUAAAAGGAAAAAGUAGGUUAUGACGGCAUGUAAACAUUUUGUUUGGCCCAGUUUUUUAGAUGAGGCCCUAUAAACUCCUGCAGUUUUAACAAGCGUUCUUUGCAGAGUAAAGCUCAUUUUAUGCUUGCGAAGAAAACUAGUAUGGAUUUUUUCAUAAAGUUCUUUGUGAGAUUAAUUGUUUGGUAUGGAUGUCAUCAUGCAUACUACAGUAUGAAUUCAAAGUUUUUUUCAAUUUAAACUUUUGCAUUAAAUACAGUAUGAGGCUGAAUAAAACUUUAUUUGUAACAUUUACUUUGUAAAAAAAAAAAAAAAAAAAAAAAAAGUAAAUAUAUAUUUAUCCCUUUUUGUGGAGACAAUUUAAGCUGUCAGGGCUUAAAUGAAUGCACUGUUUUUGUGUAAGUUAUUUUCUUAAGUCUCAAUAAGUCACUUUAUGAUUUGGGACCAAAUUCUUGUGUGUCAAUAAACUUUAAACUGCAAGCAUCCUAA